AGUCGGGGCUCUGCGGGCAGGGAGAUAAGGCGAUAUCGUCUUUCGGCGUCCUGCAUUUUUUUUCUAUUCUUCCCUCCCAGGUGGAGUCUUGGAUUUCUGGAUGAGCUGGAGACGUGGCUUGGCUGGCCAGGGACGGAGUCGGGCCCAGCAGAGAGCCCGCCUCGGGAAGGACACCGGGAGGCGGGCUGGGAAGGAUGAGGAACGGCUGUGGAGACUAACGCCGCAGCAGGAGCCAUUUGAGUUAGACGCCGGGAAGGAGUUCCAGACGGUGUGAGGUCUCAAGGGCAGGAACGGUGACUUUGGCUCAGAAAUCCCAAGAUAGCAGCCUGCUUAGCUCGGCCCUCUUGGGUUUUCUCCAGGAGGAUCUGGCCACCGAAGGGUCGUCUUCUGCUGCUGACCCCCAUCAAAUCCCAUCAUGCCCACAGCCCUGUGUCCCCGAGUCUUGGCUCCGAAGGAAAGUGAGGAGCCCAGGAAAAUGAGGAGCCCACCGGGAGAGAGCCCUGGACCCCAGGGCGAGCCUCCCAGCCCCGAAUCUUCCCGACGCCUCUUCCGCCGGUUCCGCUACCAGGAGGCGGCAGGCCCCCGUGAGGCUCUACAGCGCCUCUGGGACCUGUGCCGGGGCUGGCUGUGCCCCGAGCGGCACAGCAAGGAGCAGAUCCUGGAGUUGCUGGUGCUGGAGCAAUUCCUAGCCAUCCUGCCUCGUGAGAUCCAGGGCUGGGUGCGUGCCCAGGAGCCGGAGAGCGGAGAGCAGGCUGUGGCUGCUGUGGAGGCACUAGAAAGGGAGCCAGGGAGACCCUGGCAGUGGCUCAAGCACUGUGAGGACCCCGUGGUGAUUGACGAUGGGGAUGGCCCUCUGGACCAGGAGCAGGAGCGGCUGCCAGCAGAGGCCCAGAGCCACCUUGCAAAGAGCCAGGAAGCCCAGCCAGUGGCCCUGCCCCAGGGCCCUGGGCUCCCAAGCAGACUGCCAGGCCAGCUCAGCGGGGACCCAGUUCCUCAGGACCCAUCCCUCCUUCAGGAAGUGAGCAUGAGGGAUGGACAGCAGAUGACCUCUCUCCAGCUGCCCCUGAAACGGGUUUCUCCUUUCGAGGACAUGAUCUUCUGUUUCUCGGAAGAGGACUGGUCCCUUCUAGACCCUGCCCAGACUGGCUUCUACGGGGAGUUCAUCAUUGGAGAGGACUGUGGGGUUUCACUGCCUCCAAGUGACCCAGCAGCCCAGCAGGACCUCUCCCAGGGUGAGGAGAACGAGCCAUGUGUUCCCGAGCUGCAGGACCUCCAGGGCAAGGGUGCUACCCAGGUCUCCUACUUGGACUUUCCAAGUCUCCAGCCAUUGCAGGUCGAAGAAAGAGGAAAACAGGAUGAGCUACAGGGACCAGAGUCCCUGGCCUGCGAGCAGACGACACUUGCUCAGAGCACCUGCCCAGCUGGAGAUGACCCACCGCCCCCUAAGAACAGCCUGGAUGAGGAGGUGACCAUCGAGAUUGUCCUAUCCAGCUCUGGGGAUGAAGACUCCCAACUGGGCCCCUACUGCACAGAUGAGACACGGAGCCCCUUGGGGAAGCAAAACGGCACCCCCAUGCCUCAGCAGAAUGGCCUGUCUGUGGGGGGCGAGGUGCAUACCUCUGGGAAGUCCUAUGUGUGCCCCAACUGCGGCAAGGUCUUCCGCUGGAGGGUCAAUUUCAUCCGACACCUGCGCAGCCGCAGGGAGCAGGAGAAGCUGCACGAGUGCUCGGUAUGUGGGGAGCUGUUCAGUGACAGUGAGGACCUGGACGGGCACCUGGAAGCCCACGAGGCCCGGAAACCUUUCCGGUGCGGCGCCUGCGGGAAGGGCUUCCGCCUCAACUCGCACCUGCUCUGCCACAGGCGGGUCCACCUGCCGCCCACCGGGGCCCUGCCUGUGAUUGGGAGCGAGCAGGGGGCGGCAGAGUCCACAGGUGGGGGGCCUGAUGCAUCCCUGGCUGAGGGCCGGGCCCGGCUGAGCAUCCAGUGCUGUGACUGCGGGAAGCUGUUCCAGCGACCGGAACACCUGGCGAGGCACCGCAGCAGUGUGCACGGUAAGGACCGGGCACGGCCCUUUCGGUGCCGGUACUGCGUUAAAAGUUUCCUGCACAACUCCGAUCUCCUGCGCCACCAGCGCCUGCAUAUGAAACGCCGCUCCAAGCAGGCUCUCAACUCUUACUGACUAACGCCAGGCACUCCCGGGAUGUACCUGCCCCUGGACAGACCUCACCUUCCCACCCUUCGCUCUCAGGUAGAAAUGAGAUAGUGAUCAACUGAGUAUUUCUUUUGUCUCUGCUGUGCCAAAAAGCAGGGAGGGAGGUGCAUAACCAGCUUGGACUCGCCCAGUGUUUCUCAGUCAGAAGAGAGCCCUGUCCAGUGCUUCCCAAGCGGUCUAAGGGACUGGACUGCCCCAACUGCAGUGACCAUUUGGGGUUUGUCCCUUGCCACCAACUCACUAUACUCCCAUGCUGCCUUGUCUGAACCCCUGCCCAUAUAUUGAGGUUCUAGAGUGACUGUACUUCCCAUCUGAGAGCAAGAAGCUGUGGGUGAGAAAAAGGCAGGGAGUGCAUGUGGGCAGCAAGGCCAGGCACACCAAUCCUGCCAUGUCACCAGCUGACCCAAAGAACACCCGCUGUUACCAGGCAGCCCUGUCAGGGUCAGAAACCUCUGGGGCGCUGUACAGCUGCUUGCGAAGGGGAAUUGUGUCAUACUUUUAUUUGCGAAGGCAGCUGCUUAUUAGGGAUUUUGAGUUCACUGAGGGCAAUGCCCACAUUUUAUUUGUUGCACACCCUGCUCGAAUGUCAUUUCUUUGUACCUGAAGGACCCGGUAAAUAGUUGUGGGGUAGAAGCAGUUGUCAUCAUUUGAAAGGCACUUAAGUUCCCCUGCUUGUCCCAUUGUGUUCUGGAAUGGGGAGCUCACCCAGUGGGGGGUUCUGUUGUCUGGAUGAGGGGCAGUGGAAAAAACCUCCUGUGAGGUUGGGCUCUUCAUACAUAGUAACUUAGUCUGCUGUUCAUAUUCAUUUGCUAGGGCUGCCUUAACAAAAUACCAAAACCAGGGUGACUUAGAGCAACAGAAAUAUAUUGCUUCAGUUCUGGAGGCUGGAAGUCCAAUGUCAAGGGGUCACUGGGUUGGUUCCCUGUAAGGGAAGGUCUGUUCCACACCUCUCCCCCAGUUUCUGGUGGUGCUGGCAGUCGAUGAUGUUCCUUGUAGAAAUAUUAACCCAUCUCUGCCUUCAUCUUCAUGUUGUGUCCCUGUGUACAUGUCUGUCUCCAAAUUUCCCCUUUUUAUAAGGACACCAUAUGGGAUCAGGACCCCCAUGUCUACUCUGGUAUAUUCCUGUCUUAACUAGUAACAUCCACAAUGACCAUAUUCUAAGGAAGGCCACAUUCUGAUGUAUUGGGGUUAGGACGUAAAUAUGAAUUUGGGGUGGUAGGGAGACAAUUCAAUCCCCAACAGCAGAUAGUCUUGCAAUUAUCUGGUCAUCCCUGAUUAACAGAUGAGUCAACAGAAGCUGUGGUUGGCUUGCUGUCCGUUCCACUGGAAGCAGUAUAGCUUUGAAAGUGUGUGACCUGGAGUUCUGGAUUGGGAGUGACCAUUGGCUGUGAAAUCUCAAGCAACGAAAACCAUGGUCUUAUUGUUCCUGGAAGACUGGUAAUAUCGGCCAGGCUCAAUGUCAAGAAAGCACAGGGACUAUGGAGUAGCAGUAGCUGAUUCACAGCUACCAGGUGGACAUUUUGUGCUAUUGUAUGUCCAUCAGCAGGCAGCCAGGCUCCUUGUCACCUAUAUUGUCACAUGAGAUGCCAUCAAACCCAAUGGAAGAGCCACAGGUUUUAUAAUUCUGAUUACUGUAGACAUCCCUGCAUCCUGAGGAGCAGUAAAUGCAAUAAAAAUGUUAGAUCAUACCCUGAACAAAAAAUAAAUAUUGGGGUUCUUCAUUUCUAAAUAGUUUGCCUCUUAUUGAUCUGCCAGGAAAAGGGGGAAAGUGAAUCUUUAAGGCUAUUGAGGAGGGAAUUCCAAAUAGAAGCCAGGUUAUACAUUUGCCCCACCCUCAUACACUCUUGCUCAAGGGCUUGUCAGCUGGAAGAUGGUUCUCCACCUGCUUCAGACAUGUGUCUAAUGGAGGAACAUUGCCCCAUUUACUGUUGUGUCUUACCUGUAAAACCAGAUCCUAAAUAAAAAAACACCAAGGGGAUGUGACUGCGUCUUGAGUCCCCACCGAAUACUGUGGGGAACCCCCCACUCACUGACCCAAUACACCUAGUACCUACCUAAUUGGAAGGUCAAUCACUUAGGAUUUAGAAGCCCUCCAGAAUGAUGUAGCUCGAAUCCCGUUCAUCCCAUUCCAAAGAGGCCAGUGUGGUUACUUGCUCCUCCAGGCACCAGAGAACUGACCACUUACUCCCUCCCUGGGGGAUGGGCAGGCAGGUGAGCUACAUCUCCACCUUACUAUGGAAGUACAGGCCCACAUCUGAGAAGCAUCUGCCCUCCCUGUUCCUUGGAUCUCUGGACAUUGUUUCCACAAACUCAUAAGUACAUAAUAAAAAUUAACUUGCUGAAUUAAUAUUCAUGUUAGACUUUCCAUGUAGUUUAAAAAGUAAUGUGCUGCAUAGCUGAGAUAAUUGAUUGGCCUGACAAGGUAAGCUUGAGGUAUAAGGAUGAAAAUAGUCCUCUGGGUGUCAGACUUCACCUUGUGGCACAUUUAAGCCUCAGAUAGAUGGUCUGCUCACCUGAUCUGACCCCUGUCCAAAGUACAGAGGAAGCCACUACACCAGGGGUACUCCUUGUCACACUAUAGCUGGUUAACCUGACCUCACCGUUGUCCUAUAUCCUUUCUCCCAACCUCUCCCCCUAGCUGAGUGAUGUGACCAGUGGUGAGAAGGUAUGAGUCUGCACCUGCCUUGGAUAUCAGUCUGUCACUUUUUUUUUUCUUUUUUGUAAUGUAGGCCACAAAAUAGUAAUGGGCUAUAUGUUUAGUGAUAUAGUCCACUGUGGAGUGUGGUCUUUAUUCUCCCAAAGAGCCUAAGUUGGUAAAGGUUAUUAAAAAACCUUCACCCAAAA